AUGCCAAAGUAUUUUGCGGCCAACACCGAAGUGCGGCUUUCAGUUGCGAGUCUUGCAGACACAACGACAGUCGACCCCGAGCUGCGCAAGUCCAGUGCCGCUACGGGCAAUGCAGAAACCGCUGACCGCCUACUGAAAGCUGGAAAGAGACUUUAUGAGCAGCCAGUCGUCCCCAGUGAGGAUGAUGGGCUCCUUGGAUUCCUGGGCGAGCACCAGGACAUACCCUUUUUUAUGGUUCACGCCAGUGUCGAUAUCUUGGAGCCAGCUCCCACGCGCAGCUUCUACCGCGGAGACAACAGCGGACGACUUCAGCUGCGGCCGCUGGAAGAGCCGUCUGGGCCGCAGUUGAGGUCUCCGUUAUCUGCCAGCUCCCUUACCGAUCUUCCAUCCACACCAUGUCUCCCCGAUGAGGAGGAUUGGCUGGAAACGCAACUCAAUGCAAGUCAGGGUACGAGAGGAAAGCAGCGACGCAUGGAAAGCUCACCAACCCGAGCUGCCACGACGCGCUCCGCCGCCUCUCACAGAAAUUUUGCCCCGAAAACGACAAAUGCCGAACUCGGUCUCCAAGCACUCAGCGUCCAAGUCAAGCUCUCCUCCAAGUCCUUCCUGAGAAGCUUCGACGAGCGCAACGUAGCUCAAGACGUAAAGAUGGAUGUCUUCUUCAACGGCGACCUGAUCGCUUCGACCUUCGUACCGGCCCGCUACAAAUCCGAAAUCAAGCAUUUCACAGAGCUCCACCAGCAGUUCUCCGGCAAGAAGAUCCACAACCUGCUGGAGCGCGUACUAGUCCUGGUUCCUCUUGGUCAAAACGCAGAUGGAUCGCUCAGAAGCCUCAAGCGGGGGAAAGCGGCAAGUGCGGGUGCAGCGGAGAGGUGGCACCAGAUCAGCACCAUAUUGGAGGAGGAGGCGGAAAAGCAAGGGUUUAAUCAGUAUGGUGAUCGGUCACCCGUCGGGGAGUACCUUGCAAGCCUGGCAGCGCUGCCAAUGCCUGAAGCCGUGCAGGGCUUGCAGAAGCCUGGAGGGCUGAAGUUCGGCGUCAUCGACGUGAUUCUUACAGCAGGGAAAGGAAAGAAGUACGGCCCCAGUACAAGAUACUUGAGCGGACCGGAGAGGUUGGUCGAUGACCGAUACCUGAUCAAGACUAGGGAGACGUUCAAGAAGGAGGUAGUCGAGACGAGGAAGGACGCUAGCGUUAUUGAUCUUGCAUCGCAACAACCAGAAGCUUCAGCACAACUCCAGCAGAGUGUUGUGUUCAGCAGUCCGGUAGAUACUCGUCUGCAAAGAGAGCGGAAUUGGGCCUCCUCCAACAGCACCAGAGGCGGUUUGAAGUCGCCAAUGCAGGUCGUGGCGGCCAGUCCUCGAAGCGUGGCUGCACUUGUGGAAGCUUCACCUAGAGGCACGUCAUCAUUUCCUGCAAGCCAGAAAACCUUUUCUACGCCAAUGCUCCACAGAGCAACCGCCAGCCCGGGCACACCGACCCCUCUCCCUGUCGCGAGCACCAAACCAAGCAUCGCAGGACACUAUUCAUUGAAGAAUCUCAAUUCGCUGAUGACCAGCUCACAGCCAUCAAUGUCCAACACAUUCUUUGACCCAGUCCAGCCAUUCAUGCCACCACCGCGAACCCCUGACAAGUCGGACUCUAUCAACGGUACGAAGCGUCGCCGCAGAAGCUCGUGGCUCGCUCCCGAAAAUCUAUCUCCCUUGGCGAAGAAGCAACGCGUACUGAGCGACAGCAUGGUAGAAGGCGCAGACUCAGGCUACAAGACCGUGCCAAAGUUCUUCGCCUCGAUUGGUAGGUCCCAACGCCCCCAAAUCCCGGUCCUGAGACGACCUUUUCUCUAUCCACGCAGAGGCAGUGUCGGAGAUAUUCCAUUCCGGCUCACAACAAGCUCACCGUCUCCUUUUCAUCAAAUCCCAGACGUCCCACCGAAAUCACUUGAUGUAUUUGGCGGACCGAUAUUGAAGCGCGUGGUAGUGAAGCUGAAGGACACCACCGUGCUUGAUCAUACUUUUAGCGAGCUUAAGCAGCUGAAGAAGCCCCCUUUCAAAGGAGUGGAAAUGGGCACCAGAAGGCACUCGAUCGCGGCCCCUAUCUUCACUCAACAACAGUCAAAAAGAACGCCUGUCAGGCCGCUUCGUUUCGAAGAUUCUCCAACGGGUUCGACAAAGUCGACAGUGACCGUAACGCCGCAGCAGCUCAAAUUCGAUGCCAUCAAAGCCCCAGCAGCCUCUACGCCGCUCCUCCCAGCCAGCUCCGCAGAAUCGACCAACAUCCAAGACACGAAACCGGCCAGUCGGAGACGACGCUCCGCCAUCCAGAAAGCAAACCCAGGUACAGCACCACCACAGCCCCUCGCAACACCCAUCACGCCAGCCCUAGCGCCCACCCCGGCGCCUACCACCAAGCCUCGAACGCGGCGCCAACCAAAGACCCACAACCAGCCCAAGCCCAGGCCAGCAAGUCAACAGAAAGCAGGGAGCCAGCCAAGACGCCGUGCCUCUGCGAUCCGCACGCCAGCUAGAGCUAGAACUGAAGCCGAAGCGGAGUUCGUCGUACCGCCGCUGAGUCAAGAUUGUGUGGUCACGUAUGCUCAGCCUGGUGCCUGGAGCGGAAGCUGUGUGAGGCAGGUGAGGUCGGAGCGGGGAGGGGAUUUUCGGGAGGAGAGCGUCAUUAUGGGAGUUAGGUUUUUGCUGGGAUAG